GGGAACCGAGGAAGACGCUCCGAUAACCCGUGCGUUUCGUAAGGCUCGGAGCACUUGUACAUUUCUGCAGGCGCGUAGCGAGCCAUUCGCGGCUGCUGCUGCAGCUCUGACUGCAUCUUCCUCCUCCUCCUUCCUCCAGCUCCGCGCGUGUGUAUGUGAGUGUGUGCGAGUGUGUUUUGCAGGUGUGUCCGUUUUAAUUCUGCCCAGGAGGUGGGACUUGGUGACUUUAGCACCAUUUUUCCCCUUUUAUUAUUAUUAUUUUUGCCUUCCCACCGUCUGUUGUUGCAACCCUGCAAAGUCUCGGAGUCGGAGAGCGCGCCUCGUUUCCAGAGCUCCUGGACCCCGCAAGCCGGCGAGCGCCGAGCCGGCCACCAUGCCCGGCAGACCGCGCCACUAGGCGCUCCCCGCGGCUCCCACCCAGCGGCAGCGGCGGCCGCGAUGGUUUCCGACGCUGAAGGAUUUUGCAUCUGAUCGCUCGGCGUUUCAAAGGCAGAGGCCCCCUCCCCCUUCCCCCCUCCCUCGUCGUCUUUGUUUCCUUCCCCCCCUGCUCUCCCCAUUCCCCCCACCCCACCCCCCUCUCCUCUCCUCCUCCUCCUCUUUUUUAGAAGCAGCGAUCGGAGAUGGAUGUCUCUCUUUGCCCAGCCAAGUGUAGUUUCUGGCGGAUUUUCUUGCUGGGAAGCGUCUGGCUGGACUAUGUGGGCUCGGUGCUGGCUUGCCCUGCAAAUUGUGUCUGCAGCAAGACUGAGAUCAAUUGCCGGCGGCCGGACGAUGGGAACCUCUUCCCCCUCCUGGAAGGGCAGGAUUCAGGGAACAGCAAUGGGAACGCCAGUAUCAACAUCACGGACAUCUCAAGGAAUAUCACUUCCAUACACAUAGAGAAUUGGCGAGGCCUGCACACACUUAACGCUGUGGACAUGGAACUCUACACGGGACUCCAGAAGCUGACCAUCAAGAACUCUGGACUCAGGAACAUUCAGCCCAGAGCCUUUGCCAAGAACCCACACUUGCGUUAUAUAAACUUGUCAAGCAACCGGCUCACCACACUCUCCUGGCAGCUCUUCCAGACGCUGAGUCUUCGGGAAUUGAGACUGGAGCAGAACUUCUUCAACUGCAGCUGUGACAUCCGCUGGAUGCAGCUGUGGCAGGAGCAGGGGGAGGCCCGGCUGGACAGCCAGAGUCUUUACUGCAUCAGUGCUGAUGGCUCCCAACUCCCCCUCUUCCGCAUGAACAUCAGUCAGUGUGAUCUCCCUGAGAUCAGUGUGAGCCACGUCAACCUGACCGUCCGAGAAGGAGACAAUGCUGUAAUCACCUGCAAUGGCUCUGGCUCCCCCUUGCCUGAUGUGGACUGGAUAGUCACUGGGCUGCAGUCCAUCAACACCCACCAGACCAAUCUGAACUGGACCAAUGUACAUGCCAUCAACUUGACCCUGGUGAAUGUGACAAGCGAGGACAAUGGCUUCACCCUGACGUGCAUUGCAGAGAACGUGGUGGGCAUGAGCAACGCCAGUGUUGCUCUCACUGUCUACUACCCUCCACGUGUGGUGAGCCUGGUGGAGCCCGAGGUACGCCUGGAGCAUUGCAUUGAGUUUGUGGUGCGUGGCAACCCGACACCCACGCUGCACUGGCUGUACAAUGGGCAGCCACUGAGGGAGUCCAAGAUCAUUCACAUGGACUACUACCAGGAGGGUGAGGUCUCUGAGGGCUGCCUGCUCUUCAACAAGCCCACCCACUACAACAAUGGCAACUACACCCUCAUCGCUAAGAAUGCCCUGGGCACAGCCAACCAGACCAUCAAUGGCCACUUCCUUAAGGAGCCCUUUCCAGAAAGCACAGAUUUCUUUGACUUUGAGUCUGACACGAGCCCUACACCUCCUAUCACUGUGACCCACAAACCAGAGGAAGACACUUUUGGGGUAUCCAUAGCAGUUGGACUUGCUGCCUUUGCCUGUGUCCUUCUGGUGGUUCUCUUUAUCAUGAUCAACAAGUAUGGUCGCCGGUCCAAAUUUGGAAUGAAGGGUCCUGUGGCUGUCAUCAGUGGCGAGGAGGACUCAGCCAGCCCACUGCACCACAUCAACCAUGGCAUCACCACACCCUCCUCUCUGGAUGCUGGACCCGACACAGUUGUCAUUGGCAUGACCCGCAUUCCAGUCAUUGAGAACCCCCAGUACUUCCGCCAGGGACACAAUUGCCACAAGCCAGACACAUAUGUCCAGCACAUCAAGAGGAGAGACAUCGUGUUGAAGAGAGAACUGGGUGAGGGAGCCUUUGGAAAGGUCUUCCUGGCUGAGUGUUACAAUCUAAGCCCCACCAAAGACAAGAUGCUCGUGGCAGUUAAGGCCCUGAAAGAUCCCACCUUGGCUGCCAGAAAGGAUUUCCAGAGGGAGGCUGAGCUGCUCACUAAUCUGCAGCAUGAACAUAUUGUCAAGUUCUAUGGAGUGUGCGGUGAUGGGGACCCACUCAUCAUGGUCUUUGAAUACAUGAAGCAUGGAGACCUUAACAAAUUCCUCAGGGCCCAUGGGCCAGAUGCGAUGAUCCUCGUGGAUGGGCAGCCACGCCAGGCCAAAGGGGAGCUAGGGCUCUCUCAGAUGCUCCACAUCGCCAGUCAGAUAGCCUCGGGCAUGGUGUACCUGGCCUCCCAGCACUUCGUGCACCGGGACCUGGCUACUAGAAAUUGCUUGGUUGGAGCCAACCUACUGGUGAAGAUUGGUGAUUUCGGCAUGUCCAGGGACGUCUACAGUACUGAUUACUACAGGCUCUUUAAUCCAUCUGGAAAUGAUUUUUGUAUAUGGUGUGAGGUGGGAGGACACACCAUGCUCCCCAUCCGCUGGAUGCCUCCUGAAAGUAUCAUGUACCGGAAGUUCACCACAGAGAGCGAUGUGUGGAGCUUUGGGGUUAUACUUUGGGAGAUCUUUACCUAUGGGAAGCAACCAUGGUUCCAGCUCUCCAACACAGAGGUCAUUGAGUGCAUCACCCAAGGCCGUGUCUUGGAGAGACCCCGAGUCUGCCCAAAAGAGGUAUAUGAUGUCAUGCUGGGGUGUUGGCAGAGGGAACCCCAACAGCGGCUGAAUAUUAAGGAGAUCUACAAAAUCCUCCACACUUUGGGGAAGGCCACCCCAAUCUACCUGGACAUUCUCGGCUAGCGUGACUGGUGGCCAAGCAUUUAUACUCCGUUGCCUCCUCACUCCCUGCUUCAUAUCCACUACUUCCUCAUCCCAACUCCUUUCUUCCAUCUUUGAAACGAACAUCUUCAUAUAAACUCAAGUGCCUGCUACACAUACAACACUGAAUUCAAAAACAAAAACAAAAAACGAAAGAAAGAAACCCUGUAAGGCAGUUUGACAUAUAUAUUUAUAUAUACAUAUAACUAUCUAUCUAUCUAUAUCUACAGAGACGCUGCUGAGACAGAAAACCAUAAGACAUUAAUAACUGAGAAAAAUUUUAAAUAUUGUUAUUAACACAAAUGUAAUUCCCUUGACUUCAGCGGUGGCCCGUGCUUCUUUAGCUCUGGCUUUUCAGAGUUCUUUGUCUUGACCAGCAGAGAGAGGAUGGGGGGAAGCACGGCGGCUGUUGGCGCACAAUAAUCAAUGCAUGUGCGUGACCCAUUGAUGGUGCUUGGCAAGAAAACAAUUCUAGAAGUCCAGGCCCUUUGGAAACAUCUGUGGUCUGCCUUUGCCUCCACUCUCUUCCACGUUUCCUCCUCUUUGGGACAAUUUUCUAAUUUGUCCAUUUUACAAACUAGAAUCAAUGAUGACACCUACCAGUAAAUACUGAACAAAUACCAACACUAGAUCACACAAGAGCAAAGCCAUCCAUGGUCCCGAUAAACACUGAACAAGUUAGGGUUGGGGACUCCGGGAAGCGCGAACCCCAACCUUCUGGGUGUAAAUCACUCUCAAGUUCCUUGCUAGGUUUGAAGAGAUUUGAUCCUCUGAACCUGAAGAACUGGACUUAGUGGAUUUAAAGAACCGAACUGAGAAAGUAAAAGCAGCUCAAGUUUGAAUCCUACAAGGCACUGCCACCCAUCUUUCCAUCACUGGGAAGACUCUUUGGCCGGUCCUCUUCUUUUAUAGGUCCUUGGGGGACGUUUGGAGGUUUCAAAUCCACAUUCUCUGGUGUCAUCUGCUAAUGUGGACACAGCAGGCUUCAGGGCUCUGGUAUUUGCUUAUUUGCUUGUAGAUCUUAAUUAUGCACCCCUUGGGUCUUAUUUCUUAUAUUGCUUCCCCCGUAUCCUGAGGUUCUAGCGAGUCCUGGGUAAACCCCAUUGCCAGGGAAGGGAUCCAGGUGAGAGCCUGAGGCAUGUGUGUUUCAAGGAGCCAGACACUGGUUUUGGCAAAAGCCAGCAAGGAUUGGCACCUGUGUUGGGCCCUUGGCAUUCUUCUCACGUUUCUAAGCCCUUGGAAGGAUUGAUGCAUCUGCCUUUGAGCUGUUGUGAAAAGGCAGGGACUGAGAAAUUGCUUUGUGGGCUUGGUGUGUGUGUUGGGGGGCGGGGAGGCUGAAGCUUCUCUGGAAGAUGUCCAAUGAGUGACCAGUGCGGCAUACGUGGCAUCUUAAUGAGGACCAAAUGCUGACCAGGAAGUGAGAAUGAAGCAUCUGGGCUGGGGCCAGCCCUGUAUCCCCCAGCUCCAUGGGAAAUGGCUGUCUUCCUAACUGCUGUGGAGGAUGGCAAAAGAGAAGAUCUCUGGACAGCUCUCAGACACAACAAUGAAACGCCCCAGGGAGUCAAGAGCCUGGCGGUACCGAGUCUUCUUGCUGGGAGGAGGGGGUGUGCUCUUUCUAGGGUACCAGCCUCUCCACUUCAUCCUAAGCACAGAACAGUCAUUUUCCUACCAGAAGCUCCCAGGAGCCACUGACUCUCACUUUUCCUGGCCAGCUGAAGAAAAUGUCUAUAGCCUGGAUCCCCUGGCCAACUGAAGGCAGCUUAAGUAUGGGCAACUCUGGGGUGGGGUUAGGACUGAAGUAUGUGUUUGUGGUUUUAUUUUUUUUUAAUACCAACAAAUGUUUUUAUUCAAAUAGAAAAGAGCUGUGCUCAGAUUGUAGCCAUGGUUGGGCUUUCAGGUGUCAGCAAGCCCACUCAGCUGGACUGGGGAGAGUGCUGGGUUAACUAGGAAUUCUGUGUGGAGCAUCUUACUGUGGUGGUGGGAACCUGGCUGCUAAGGACAUCAGGGAAAAGCUCUUGGGACUGAUCCCUUCAAAAGAAUCCUUUGCUAUCCUGUGGCAAUUACUUCUCUUAUUACCCCUUGAAUCAGUCCACCUGAGGCUUUAUCUCUGCUGGGGAUAUGAACGCUGGAUGGAAGUUUCCAACCCAGUUUUACUCUGAAUAAAUAAAGGGGAGACAUUCAGGCAAGGAAUGACUGGCAGAGGGAAAGGAGUCUGACAAGAAAGUGUUUUCUAGUUAGAAGUGAUGCCCCAAGGUCUAAAGCCUUUUUGGAGGCGUUUGGUGCUGGAAGAAAUGGAGAACCGAAGUAGUUUGGAGCCUUAAUGGGAUAGUUGGGAGAAAUGACAAGACUGAACUUGUUCAAGUGUCCUUGUUAUAGUUCCAUGAGCAUUGGCAUUGGAAACAUCUCCUCUCUGUGCCCUCCAUUAUCAGCUGCCUGUGUAACAGUAAGAGAGAGGGCAGUGGAAUUAGGAGGGAUGCAGGAUGGGGCCAACCUUUAUACUAUCUCGGCAUCCUCUCUAAGUAGAGUAGAUUUUAUGUGUGACCCUUGGAAGGUGGAGAAAGGGCUUGCAGUGUUUUGGAGGGUAAGGACACGCAGAACAGACUUUGGAGGGUAAGGACAUACAGAACAGGCUUUGGAUGGUGAAAUGUAUUCCAGAGCUCUGGGGUAUGCAGAGUGUCUUACUCCUCCUGUAUUGGCACAGGACGUAUAUGACUCACUUCACUGUGUCAUGUUUUCUCUAUGUGCAAAAUAAGGGGUGCCCUUAUUAUGCCCCCACCCUAUUCUAGCUCUGAACUUUAGCUUCUAACAGCACGGAGUCACUGUGUUAUUAUAUUUUCUUAACCUCACCCUGGAAUACCUAGAUAAUCCUCCUUUGGCCUAGUGUGAUCAGAAGGUAGUUGUCUCUGAGGACAUACUGUGCUUGGGCUGGGGUUGGUUCCAGUAAGUCAGACUGAUCCUCUUCUUCCCCUAUGUCACAAGAUGCAAGAGUCUAAAGUGUCUGAGACUGCUUUAGGCCAGGACAGAGGGGACAAUCUGUCUCAUUCCCUACCUGGCAUUUCCAUAUAUUAGAAAAUUGUUAUUGGUUGUUUAUUUAUUUGAUAUUUAUUUAUUUAUUUUUAAAGAAUCUAAUGUGGUCCAAUGAGUCUAGAAUCAACAACCCAUCAGUCCAUGUAGCCGCUACCAUCUGCUCCAUCCUGCUUCCUACAUAAACAUAUCUGUACUUUGAAGACCAUGCCAAAUUGAUUUAGCACUUACCUUCAAGUUAACUCUACUGUGAGCACUUGCAAAUGUUCCAGGGAACACAUGCUCAUUUAUGUGCCCUGUCACUUUCACCUGGGCCCAUCCUGGGUUGAAAAAGAGUGUCUUGGAUGUCCAUUGUAGAGCAGGGUGUCAUGGCCAAGGGUCCUUUUAGUUAUUUUCUUUGGGCAUGAACAUAAUGCUCCUUUCUGAUUUCAUCUCUGAACUAUGAGUGGUUGUCAAGGGUAGUUAAGCCUUUUCUAGUCAAUAGACAAAGAACUUUGGGCUUCCUCCACUCAGCAGAUCAUGCACAAGUUAUUCCCAGAGAAAGCUUUUCACUGGAGGUGAAGAGCUGCUAUUUUUCUGGGUUUGAGCUGAACAGUGUUGUUCAUCUCUGGUGAUGCCUACUUUGUGGAACACACUAGUGCAAGUACUUCUGGUGCUAAAUACUAUGGAAACCAGUAACAACUGAACAACUUCAGAACAGAAGUAUAAGGACGAAUCAGCCACGCCAGAAGAGUAUGCUGUACAGCGGAAAGGCCACUGAGAACCCUGCCUUUGUGCUUGGCCAAAUCAACAUUUAUUUGAUUAUCAGACUUCCCACCUGAGAUAUAUGGAGUUAGAGUAGGUGGACCCUUAGGGUCUAUUUCAGUUUGAAAGGUUAUUUGAGUCCCAUCUACUCCUUUAUUCUAAGGUUGUUCUCUAUAAAUGAGAGUUGAAAUGAAAGGCAGGGAGGGAAAGGAGGGAAAGUUACUGUUGACAAAAACUGACCACAAAAGGAAAGUAAAGAAUAUUUAGUGCCUGAUAUGUCUGAGGGACACUGGUGCAGGAUCUAGGACACAAGUCAGGAAGUUGGUAUUUGUGUUCUUCAGGAGAAACUUACCUUUUCUUUCAGCCACCUUCCCAAAUUCACAUGGCUAAUUGGGCAGAAGCGAGUCUGGAAUAUGGAGACUGUCACAUCCACCUCCUCUGAAAAGCAAGUAGCAAGCUGGACUCUGGCUCAGAAACCAAGAGAUUUUUAUGUGUACACGCUUUCUUCCACUUCUUUUAUAUCCAAGAAUAAGACUAGUGGCAUACUUGCUUCCCUUUUCUGAACCAAACAGCAGCAUUAAAAUCUUUACAUUUACCUUGGAGUUUUUGCAGUGUUUGCAAUUCUUUGCUUAGAAGAGAGCAUAGAAAUAUUUGUGGACCUUCAGUCAAUAAAACCAGAUCUCAGCAGUCCCAUGAGCCACACUCAAACAUCCCUACACUGUCUAGUGUCUGCUUUGGUUGGGCACCAACCUGUUAAAAUGCACAAGGUGUUUAUCUGAGAGAAAAAAAAGUGUCACCUUGAGCUCAGACCCUGUGAGCUGUAGUCAUGCAAUAUGAUUUUAUUUCUUCAAGAUCCACAUUAUUUGGUACCGAUAAAUUGUUUCAACUAGUGCUUAAGAGGACUGGAUGGGGAAUUCCAAGUUUGGGCACCAUUAUUAAAACAUCAGCUUGCACUUGCAUACCUGUUUUGGGAUUGCUUGACUAUUACCAGGAAAGCAUUCCUUUUCAGCUCUAGUCACUUGCACAUGAUGCCUUCUCACCAUCCACUUGAUGGUCGAAAGUCAGAGACAUCUCCCUAGAAUCAGGGAAUCAGUUGCAAAUUGGGAUUCUCUUUUCACCUUAUGUUUCUCCUGCACGAGAAUUAAAGAUGUAGACUGACCUUGGAGUAUUCAGAAAGCUCCCAAAGGGUAAUCGCACAUGUUAUAAAGUUUGAUAAUUUGCUGCUCCCCAUGCUAAAUUAUAUUGACAAAUGACAUCCGAGCAUCUCAGUAUCAUCCCUUCUGGUUUUCCCAUAGCUUACCAUAUAGAAACCAUUUAUACUUAUGUGUUGUUUGGGAUUUGGUACUCGAGUUACCAUCAGGGCAGAUGAAACCUCUUCCAGGAGGACCAGACCAGAGUGGACCUGAGAAGAUAAGUCUGUCAAGCUCUAUGACAGGCACAGGUGAUGGUGGUGGAGGUGGUGACUAUUUGUGUCAGUGCACUGGAUUGUCCUGCCCAAGGACUUGCAUCUUGGCUUCUGAACAUGGUUUCUGUUUGUCUGGUGCAUUUUCUCCAAACACAUCUGUGUGUGUGUGUGCGCGUGUGCACGUGUGUGUGUGUGUGUGUGUGUGUGCGUGUGUGUGUACAUGCAUGAAACAAGAGCCUAAUGUACCAACUGAGGCAUGUUUCUGUGAGAUCUGUGGAGAUAUGGAUUCCACCUGAGUGAGCUUGAAAAUUCUUUUCUUUUCCUUCUUGUUAGCAAUAUUAAAUUGUAUACAGUCAUGGUUCUCCUUAUGACACUUUCAAAUACAGGAGUACUUGGAAUUCUUCACUUCAGUCAUAAAAUUCAUAUUGCCCUUCCUGUAGGCAGCUAGGUUCCAACUUUAUAAAAGUCUGAUUUGAUAUUUGCCCUAAGAAUGAUGUCUUAAACUAGCAAGCAAAGUCUCCUCUUUCAUACAUAGGUAAAAGAGAAAAUUCUAUUAACAUUUUUUUCCUGAUCAUCCAGGAAUAUAUUGGAGCUCCAAGAUCUAAGCUCAGAGUUCUCAAGAGAUAUUUAUAGUUCACAAAGUAGAUGUGUCUAAGAGAAGGUGGAUUGAGAUAACACAGAAGACAAGGAGGCUACAGAGCUCCUCCUUCUGAGGAGCUUCCAGGCAUUUCAGGCAUUCUCUCAUUUAGUAUCUAUGAGAGGAUUCAGUUUCUUCUCAUUUUAGGCAGUCAGGAAUUUAGACCUCUUUCCUGCAAGAAUAAAGGUAGCGUGAGAGCCCAGCUGCACACUGUGUAGUCUAGCAUUCCUUUGGAUGUAUAUCCCCUCAAAUAAGUGAGAAAUCACACACUCAAAUCCAAAUCUGGUAUUUAUUAUUUCAUUUAAGAGGCAUUCGUGGGAGUGUUACUUUAAAAAGACACCUACUCAGUGUCUUCCUAGGGAGAUUAGUCUGUGUUCUGUCUCUAUUGCAAAGCAGCUUGACACUUAGCUGCUGCCCUUGAAGCUAUUUCUGUUUAGGAAGAGAAAGCCUGGCCCAGGUAUCGUGAUUUCUGCUACACACAGGAGAGGAAUGCAUUUCAGUAAAGAUUUUCUUCUUUCUGCUUUUUCAUUUCCCCCCUUUUCUGGGUUCACAUUGUCUGGCUUUCAUGGGACGAAGGAUCUGGCUCCUGAAAGUCUAUGGAAGUCUUAAUAUGAGGUGAAUCCCAGGACCACAAACAGUUUGGACUUCAAACAGUGAGAAAAUUGGCGCUGAAUGAUUCGGCAUACAAAGCAGCAAACUUUCAUUUCCUGCAGGCAGGAUGGAAUUGACUGUUAUAUUAAGACUUCUGAAGGAGCCCUGCCCUGGAGUAAUUUCAGUGCUGUCAGACAAUGUUGACAUCUAGAUUAACCUCUGUGCAGUGAAUUUGACUGCACAGCUCAUUGAGAUGCAUGUGAUGUGUCCCUGUAAAUCCCAUCUGAAGUCCUUGGUGGCCCACCCACAGCAGCCCCCUCUCCCGUCUGCACCUACUGAUCCCACAGUCCAUGAACUUUUAGCCUAUGGGAGCAAAGGGACUGUGGCUGGGAUCUGACCCUCAGAGAGGAAGUUUUGACCUUUUUGUGAGCAUGAUAAACUCUUGAAUCAUGUCUGCUGCUUGGUCAGAGUGACAGUGCUUGUCACUGUAUUGGCUUUCUCCCAGAGGAGGCUGCAAAUCAAGGCAAGAAAGCCAUUCCACUGAUGACGAACAGUUUUAUGACUGAUCCUCAGAGUGUAAUGGUCUGCAGAGAAGCCAAGGGCCCAGAGGUAGUCCAUCUAUAUGCUUCCAGUCUUCCAGGUUCCAAGAAGACAGCAGAUGCAACAAGGUAAUGGCUGCAGAUGAUGUGGGUGUGGGUGGGAUCUGAUGGCUGGAAUGGCUAAUCCUCUAUACAGGUGUCUCCUUUGGUCCUUUUAAUAAAGUCCCCCUACUCACCCAGCAAGGACAGUGCUUUGUAGGAAUCUCUGAGCCCUUCUAGCUCAUGGUAAGAUACCUCACUGAGAUCCCACAGUCUGAUGAAACAUUUCUGAUAAGAUGGCCCACAUCAAAAGCACAUACAUGCAUCCCAUGCAUUCAAAAUUGUGAAAAGGGACCUUCAACUUGGCCCCAGCUACCUCCAGACUCUGCAAAGUUAUUCAGUGUAAUCCCAGACAUUUCUGAAAACACACCCUCGGGAUUUUAGAAUGCCCACCCAAAUCUGAAGAACCAAUUUCUCUGCAGAGUUGUUGAAUCUGAUUCUCCUUCGUAUUAUUUUUCCUUCUUUGCUUCUUUAGUAUAAGUGGUAGGAAUCUCUUUAUAUAUUCUUAGACGGUUCUUUAGGAGAAUUGAAAGGUUUUAGCCAAGGACAUUGUGUUUAUUGACCAAAAAUAAUAGAUUUCUAGGCUGAGUAAUAUAGCAGUUGCACAGAGGAAAUCUUGAUGACUUUAUUUAAAAGCAAUUAUCAGAAAUUGUGGCUUUUUUCUAGCUUCUCAAACUGAUAGAGACUAAAUCAUAUCCAUCCUUUUAGUUAUUUAUAAUAUUUAUUCACUUCCACAUACAAGCAAGUGCAUGUAUGCAAAUGUCUGGGUAAUUCUAUCACAUAUAGAUCACAGUGCCCCAUUUGUGUUGCUUUCGUUGAUCUCAGCGUGUGUGUGUGUGUGUGUGUGUGUGUGUGUGUGUGUGUGUGUGCGCGUGCACGCAAAUGAGUGCACCACACAUGUGGUUUCCUCACUGUGCCUCAUCAUUGUUUGUAUUAGCAGGACAAAGUCCAUGACUUUCUGUACUAUGAGUUAUUACAAAGUUAAGACUCCUUUGAAGGAGAAAGAAAACACCCAAUUUCUCAAGAUUUUCAUACUUAUAUGUAGGACUCCUCCCUAUCUUUUUUCCCCCAAGAUAAACAGAAGAAAAAAAACAUAAUGAGCUCUGAUUCUGAUUUUUUGUAAUUAAUUUUCUGGGGAAUAGGUUAUAAGGUUCAUCAUAAUUAUUAUGUUUGAAGAUAAAUGUUUACCUUCAGUUUAGGCAGAUUAUUGACUCAACCAUUAAAUAUAAAACUCAAGUGUUCUAACUGAAAGGUGGCAUGAAGUCCUUGGGACAUAAGAAGACAGCUGAGUUAGAAGCUGGAUUAUAGGGCACUGGCUGGGUGACAGUCUGACUACUAGCUCUUAACAGAAUGUAGGCAAACAAGCUGCAGGUUGUGCUCUGUCCCAGACAGCAGUGAUGGGGAAAGCCACUCUGUCCUACUCUGUUGCUCUGAUUAGUUCCCAGCACUAGGGAGCACAUUCCCAGAGAGCACAUUUGCAGACAUCCCACCCCAAAGGGCCAGAGUUGUUUGCACCACAUGUUCAGUUUCUCACUUACUCUCUUACUCACUUUCUUAGUUUCAAUGAACUCCAAAUCGAAUCUGUCCCCAGCUCCCUACUUCAUCUCUUAUGGGCCAGGCACUAAGAGUUCUAGAAAGUGGAGGAAAGAAAGUCUGGGCAUCUCAUCUCCUUAGCCUGAGCAUGUUGUGAUUUAAUCUGGGUUUCUGCAGAAAGAAGCAAGCUGCUCUCCCAGCCAUCCAUCAGUCUCUUUCCAGCUCCUUGGACCAAAUGAUUAGCACUCAUUAGUGCCUCAUUAGUUGCCUUUGCACAGGAGACUCUAGUACAAGGGGCCUAUUAGAAGGCCCCAGUCUGUCUUCUUGAAGUCAUCUCAUCCCUCUCUGGCUUAGUUAAGAAAGGCAAGCCUUCCUACAAACUUGUUUUCCUUCACACAUCUCUCUUGUUUCUUGGCUGCUGAACAUCCUGGUAGAUGGCAAAGUACAGUUUUCCUUUCUUUCUAGUCUACUGUGAGCGGGGCAUGUCUCUCCAUGAACUGGAGUUCUGUGUGUCCACCAAGGUUUAUCUACACUUGGAGCUGUUAAAAGACUGACUCACAGAUUGGGUGGAAGUGAUCUUUAUUGUGACGACGCUGGAGAUGUUUGUCCCUUUGGUCUACAGAGCGAGUUCCAGAACAGCCUCCAAAACAAUACAGAGAAACCCUGUCUCGAAAAACCAAAAAAAGAAAAAAAAAAAACAAAAUAAAUAAAUAAAAUAAAGAAAUAAAUAAAGAAAUGAACUGAAUCAACACACCAUGCAAUGGUGAUGGAGAUGAGGUCAACCGAGGAUCUGGGAGGCCAAAGCUUCUAUUCCACAAAUAAUUUCAUAUCAACAUAUGCUGUGCCAGCAAUGGUUUUUACAGACACAAAUAGCCACGCCCACUAAUAAAAAUAAAUCUGUCAUGUCUGAUAUAACUGCUUAUUUAAAAACAAUAAAGUCCUUUUUUUUUUUCAUGAUCUGGCGAGAUUUGCUCUGAUUUUAAGAGCGCUGGCUUCAGUUCCAAAUGAGCUAGAUUUGAUUCCCAGAACCCAUGUGGAAGCUCACAACCAUCUGUGAAUCCAGUUCCAGGGGACCUGACACCCUCUUCUGGCCUCCACAGGCACCAGACAUGGAAGUGGUGCACAGGCAAACAUACAGGCAAAAAAUUUAUAUACAUUAAAAACAAUCAUUUUCCCCUCAUAACUCUAGACAACUUAAGAGUAUUUCUUGAUUUCCACUAAUACCUUCAUUGUGAUUCCCAGAUUUUUAAUUUUUUAUCUGUAUUUCCUUAGGACAAAGUUGAUGGUGUCUUUUAAGUUUUAUCUAUGAAGAAAUGUCAAGAAGGAGCAAUGGGACCCAAAGGUAGAGGUCUUAUGAGCCUUUAUUCUUUCUGAUCAGCGUCUUGCUCUGUAAAAGUUCUGCUAACAGCCUCCUGCCAUUCACCGAGGAUUAUCAUAAGCAAUAGAGUCAGCUCUUGCUGUUGUCUCCAAGUCUCCGGGUUGGGGAAGCCCACUCCUGGAGCAGCAAGUACUGCUCAUGAUGUUGAAACAUUUGACUUGUGCUGUGUUUUAGCUGUGUGCUCCUUAUUCCCUCCAUGGGUUGGUUUCUAGAGAGUUAGUCAUUAACCUUUUCCUACUUUGAAUGGCUAGUGCAUAUAUACUAAUGGAAAAUAUCUUGUAAUUCUACCAGCAGAAAUGGGUGUUUUACCCACUUUGCAGGGUUGAUUUGCAGAUUCCAUUUUCUGGCAUGGAACCCUGGACAUCUGAGAGCCAAAUAGCAUCCCCUCUGCUUUAACUCCUUACCAAGUCACUACUGCUUUGAAAAAGUACUAUAGAUUUUAGAAUAAUGCCUGGUAAAGUAAGGCUGCAUUAUUUAAACUGAAUACUAAAACAGAUCUUGCAGAGAGAUUGAAAGUGAUAAUGAUCUUGAAGCUUUCCAGGUACUGUGGUCCCCACAAAGGAAAAGCAGGGGUAAUCAGAAGAUGGAGAAAACUAUCCUGGUGAUGAGCAAAUUCCAGGCCUCAUUUUCAAUUGCCCAGAGCAACCCAGAGAGGUUCCAGAGGGAAUCCUGCUCAGGAACGUAUCUGGCUGAAAAAGAAACCCUAAACAGUUAAUCCCAAGGCCGGAUUCCCAAGGUUACAGUGGUGAAGUAAUUUACAGUCUCUAAAACAUGUCCCAGGGGUUUGUGAUGCCAAGUACUAUUUGAAGUUCCUCUCCAUGAAGACUACUUGGAAAGUGAAAUCUUUCAAAUGGUAUUUCCCUCCAAUUUCCAAGCAGCUAUCAGGUGUGAUACGUCUGACAAAAUGUUGUCUGUGUGUUGUGAAAGGAUUUUGACCACUCAUGAGAAAAAGCAGAAUGAAGCCGAGUACCCCAAACCCUGAGAAACUCAUAAAUGUUUCACUGAAGUUCAGAUGAUCACAGCUUCUGUUUUCUUUUGACCUUGGACUGACUCAGUGUUUGUUUUUCUGAUACAGGAAAACAGCACUUCUGUUACAGACUUCUAUGUGAGUGACACUUCCCCCUUCCUUGCCCUUGUCUGCCAGGCAGAAAGUACCGCAGCCUUUUUUGAAAUGAGAAUCCAAAUUGGGAUGUGCUUGUAAAUUGUGUUGUGAAAUUGAAGAAGGCAAACUGGUUCUGAGUGGUGUUUCCUAAUUUUCUGGGAUAAUCUUGAGGACAUGGGCUAUUCUAAACUUUGCUAAGGCAUGCCUGGAACAAGGAGUUUCAUGGAAUGAUAGACACGACUGAUACAUUAAAGAUCUCCAGGGUAGCAUUUGGGAACUAAAUUGAUGAACAUGGAAAGUUUGAGCUAAUAUGCUAGCAGGAACAGUAAGAACUUACUUUAAUGCUUGUUUUCAUUCCCUUCUAUGAAAGUUUAGCCUUUUGGGGGGCCAUUGGGAUAUUUCCUUUCCAAGGCUAGCAAAGAUUGAUUAUAGUUCAUGUCACAAAGCAAAGGCUCUCUUGAGCCCGUUGGGGUUGGAGGUAACCCCAAAUGGCCCAUGUUAUUUUUCUGAUCCAAGUACCACAGCAACAGGAGUCUUCUUGAUUAUGUGUUUGGACUCUGGUGGUUUGGCACAAGAGAUUUGUCAAAUUAAAAAGAAAAGAAAGCAAGCUGGGGCAAGAAAAUUCUGACUAAAUGUGAAAUGAAAAAAUCAGUGCUGUUCUGCCAGCAGACAUUCCUGUAAUAUUCAGUGAAGAAAUACAUUCUCUUUUCAAGAUGAGUUUUACUUUUUGAUGUGUGUGUGUGUUUGUGUGUGUGUGUGUCUAUGUGUGUUUGUGUGUGUGUCUGUGCAAGCAGAGGUGUGUAGCAGGUGCAAAGCUCUUGUUUACACAUUUAGAUGUUCCCUUGAGCACAGUAAAAGCUCUGUUCAGUUUCUUGGAACAUGACAAUAAAAUUAGGGUUACAGAGGAAGUAAAGGCCCAUGCUUCAAAACCUUCAGUCACAGCAAAUUAAGUCAACCCCAUAUUUGUUAUUGAUAUCAGGGCGAAACAGUCGACACAGACUGUCUGCAGUCCCCAGUGUUCUACAUGUCUGUGGGAAUCUUUUCUGAACCCAUGGAACCCUUCAUUCAUGCCAGAAACUUGCCCAAUAGAACUAAAUAAUGAAACAGGUUAGAAAGAUUAGAGUAAGCUACCCCAUGUAGAUUUUUUUGCAAUUCAAUAAUUCUUUCUCACAGGUAUUAAGGUUAUUCCAAAGUCACUUUUUGCUUCAAAUGAUAUUUAAAAAAGAGAAUUUUGGAAUACAGUUUGAGAACUUUCACCUACUAUCAACCUCUUUGAAAAGAAGAUUUAUUUUCACAGGUGGUAUAUGGCUUUGCCCAUCCCAGAAAUGUUAAAUUCUGCUCUGAUCUAACUGCUUUCAGCACCAGGGACAGCAAUCAUUUUCCUGAUCUGAGGUUGACUCUGUUGAUUGGAUUUCCAGAUAGGAUAGGGCAGAUUAUUUUUUUACCCCCAUGGCUUUCUACCCCUUGAACUUGGAAGAUUUUAUUCUUAAGUUUAGGUGAUUAUAUAUUUAACUUCUCACAAUCUAGGUGUUACUGCUCUAGCUGGCGGUGUGAACCUGGUAGAGUGGAGUAAAAUUAAGAUGGACUAAAGUUGUAUAAAACAGCCAACUUUAUCCAGAGCAUCAGACAAUUUAUAUUCUGAGGAUGUUCACAUAAGUUCAGGCUGUCCUCAGUCACACGGAUAACUGGUGCUUGUAAAAACCUUUGAAUAAUAAAAGUAAGCAUCAAUAAGUAAUCAAUCUGAAGCAAGUCUACUCCUAUUCACUACACUUAGAAGGGGCACAAAAGCACAUUCAAAGAUUUCAUUCAUGGACCACAUUCCAACAUCAACAUUCAGGAGUAGAUUUUAUUUUUCCCCAAGUCUGAUGUAGCUGUUACUGCCAUGUCCUUGACAUACUAACAAAGUGUGGAAUGUCACAACCAUGUUUCUCAGCACAAAGAUGGGAAAGACUGAGAUACUGGUGGUGGGAAUGCUUUGGUACAGGAACCCGUUCUUUAUUAGGCACCCUAGACUUGCAAACUCCUAUAAGAAAUACUACUCAUUAAUAACCACUUAAAAAUAAGCAUAAUGUCCACAAUAUACAAGGCCAUGAUUGGUUGGUAUGCAUCCAGAAACAGUAAUAUGCAGUGAUGGAGCUGAAGUUAUGGCCUUUGAGGACAAAGAAGGAUUUAGCAAUGCUGUCACCAGGCAUUUGGGAAACUUAUAGAAGGAUACGACUUUGAAUCUUGGCAUCCAAUUUUUAACCUUGAGUGCUGUUCAAUAGCUGUUUUUGCCUUAAACAAUCAUGGUAAGAUUGGAAGUAGCUCCUCAUGACUUUUCCUAUGUCAGUCCAAAGAGGACACUGGGGAAAUGAGAGUAACAGAAGCACAUGUUGUCACUAUGCUUUGUGAUCGUUCAGUUUUCCUAUAGCACAAAAAUGCACAGGUGUUACCACAGAGGCAGUGCAGUCUUCUAUUGUUUACUUGGCAUUUUCCUUGGGGCCCUCUCUAAGAUAGCAGCUGCUUCCUCUUUCUUCCUCUUUCCCCCUCUUCUUCUUCUUCUUCUUCUUCUUCUUCACAGGUGUUAUACAAACUCCAUUUUGGCUGCCUCUGAAUUAUCUGAGGCCUGAUCAACCUAUCAUUCUUUCUAGCCACCCCUUUCCUCUGUCUCUUAUACACACUUCUUUCCCUCUCAUUAUUACUUAUAGCAUUUCAUAGCAUUUAAUGAUGAGAGAUCAUGCAGCAUUCCUUUUCAGAUAGAGAAAUAGUAGAAGCAUGCUUGAGUAGCCCUCAGAGGAACAAGUUCAACAGAACUCUGAUGUUUAACCCUGGAAUAGGUCUGGGGAGGAACACAUUCCUCCUCAUUCCUUGCCUUCUUAAACAUGUCCAAAAUAUUGACUCUGUCUUCAUGAAAGCCACCCAGAGAAAUGCAUGCUAUGGUCCUAUUUGUGUGACAAGCAUGACCAUGAAUGGACAUGGUUAUUAGAAUCUGUUAAAACAGGAGAACUUUGUUUUCUAUUUUAAUCAAGGCAUGGUCAUAGACCAGCUGUAGGAGAGCUUCAUAAGAUAAUAUUUUCUAUAAGAUGACAAAAGAGAUACAAACUCAUCAUUCAAGGAAUACAUGACUCUCUGACAGGCAGAAAGGUGGUCUGAAAUGUUCUGGAGAACAAACCCCUUUGAUGCCUCAGGAGGAAUGGGCUAGAACUAAACCCCAGCUAGGUUCUUGUACUUUUUCUGGAAAAAAAUUCUUAAAAAUUUCAAGGGCACAUCUGGCUCUGCCUCUUUAGAAGUCUGCUCAGUGCUACUUCUGGGUUCUUAAGGCAAGUGCCCUGUAAACACCAAAGUCUUGUAUUUUCCACUCUUAGACAGCACUGGCUGUCCCGAGUGAACUGUUUUUCCCUUUCUUAAGUGAAAGGGACUUGUUUUCAGGAGAAGUGUCCUUUAAACAUCCAGCUAAAACUGGAGGUAAUUUUUUGCAUGAAUGGCUUUUUACAGCUAGGUGUGAAGCAGAACAAAACAUGUAUUAAACUAAGUGCUACUUUACAUACCUUAUUUCAAAGGAAAUGAAUGAUUUAUUGCCGUGUAAAUGGUAUACACUGAUUUCUUUCCUACUGGACAUUACAUGUCCCUUUAUCUUUAGGCUGAUGUGCAGCAAAAUUUCAAUAUCUGGAAAAUCAGCUGGUACCUACUUCAGCACACUAGCAGGACAUUAUGUUCCCAGUGAGGAAUUUUGCAAAUGAAGUUUGGGUGCUGAUGCAACUGAUUUCCACUCCCCAUCCUUAAGCUUUCUGUACUAAAUAUCUGUAAAGUGAUUAUAUCUUGUCUGAUCCCAUGUGUUUAUGUGUAUUUCCCAAUAUUUGUAAAGCUAUAGUGGCAUUCUGAAGGAUUAUUUGUUUUUGUGGCAACUGCUGAACAAUGGAUGUGGCACAGAUGACACAUGUGACAUACGUACACAACAGUUUUGGGGCCAAGCAAAUAUACUCUCUAUGUUUGGGGAGUGGAGUGAGCAGUAAUACAGCUUGGUUGCAGGGGUUGUUCAACAAUGGGUAGAGUGUUGCCAAGUUAUUGGUAAUUGCUGAAGACCUUGAUGAAGCAGAGUUAGUAUGUGCUUGUCAGAUAUUAGGCUGCUUAUAUAAAUCUCAACUGACCAAUCUUCAGCUUUAUUUUUAACAGAACUAUUCUUUCAUGAUGCUCACUAUUUUAUUCCACAGGUUAUUGGGAAGUGCUGAUUAUGCUCGCUUUCCAUGAUUGGAUUCCUGAGCUUUUAAUAUAGCAGACAGCUAAGUUAGAUACACUAGGAUUAAGUCAUAGUACCCCUUCCUUGACAAGUAAUUCCUUCCAUUAUUUUACUUUCUCACAGAUUAAUCCCAUUGUCUAUGCUAAUUUUAUUUAGAUGUGUGCAAGUAUUGGAUAAUCAAUCUAGUUAUAAUGAUGACUGUUUGCCUUUGGAGAACAGGAUCACAGUCUUAAGUAAAACUCUUCCAGGAACUUAUUUUUUGUGAAACAGAGCAAAAUCAAAAUAGAAUAGAACCAAGAGUAACUUGAUAAGAUGACAAGAUGGUCCCAGGGUAGAAAGAGGUGUUCUCAGUUGCUAAGAAGAGUUGUAUUGGAAAGGCAAGUACUCCCCCUUAUUCUUAUCCCACCCUGCCUCCCUUCCUCCUCAACCUCAGAAGAAAACAGAAACUUAUUUUUUUAAACUGUAUUAAUAAUUUAUGUUUAAUACAAAAGGAUGAUUUAAUGGUAUCACCAAAGGUCAUUUCUCUCAUUGUGCAUGUCCUUCACUCUCAACCCCAUACAUUCUUCACCCUCACUUCCAUCUCAAGACAAAUGUGUGUCUUCAUCAAAACCUAUGGGUAUUGGAGUUACCUGAAGGAGGUAGAUAUUUAAAACCCAACACUAACAAAAAGCAACCAUUCUUCAUUCCCAAGUGACAAUUAUUACAACAAGGAAAACUCUUCUUGGUUUUUGUUUAAAAUCAUUUAAUACAUAUAUAUGUAUAUAUGUGUGUGUAUGUAUGGACAUAUGUAUGUAUAUGCACAUGUACAUGUAUAUAUGUAUAUAUCCAUCUCAGUAUAAAUAUAUUAUAUGUGAGGGUUGUAAAUACUCCUUGGUCAUGCAUCUGUCUUCUUCAUAGUAUCAUAUCUUCAGUGUUAUGUUAACAACUCCAUUUAUUGAUUGAUGAGAUCAUGUGUAGACCUGUAUCCUUCUGACAUAGUUUAUGUAGGGUCUCUUCUCAAAUAAAGUAUAAAACAACAAUA